CCUCGAUUGAUUUCUUUUGCCAAAAGCUGUAAAAACCUUUCGUGAUCAGCCAUCACUACCAAAUUAUCAAUCGAAUGUAACAAAAUCACAACACGUGGUGAACCAAAACAACGUUGCAGCGGUCUAUAGCAUUAAUGAUGCAAUCAAUCAAUACAUGUCACAUGAUCGUUUAUCAUUUAGAUCUGUGAUUUACAUCAUCAAUGGCCGAAAUCCGUGAUCGCUUUGUCGAGUGUUUAACAAAAUCUGUUCAAUAUUUUCCAGCGGAUUGCCGAGUUCCUGACUAUAUAUUACCACAAAUACAUUAACAAAGGUAUGCUUCAUCAAAUAUAAUCGAAAUCUAUUAGGUAAUGAUGAUAUUUUUGACGAUAAAUUAUAUCGAUUAUAAACGGUGUGUUGAAAUUUUGCGCAGCAAGCCGAUCAAAAAUCGCGACAAUUUAUUUGCUUCCAAACUGCUCAGGAUUUCAAACAGAACAGUAGGGUUAUAGUCGUGAUAGAUAUGCAUAUGUUUUUGUGCUUUUUGGGCAAGUAUAGCAGCUAUUUCGGAUUGUUUUUCGAUUAAAAAUAUGGUAUAUUGUAUCGUUCAUUUUAAUACAAUAUAUCGCUUGCAAACUGUGAUCGUGAAUCGCUACCAAACACGUGUUCAGGGCUUCCACUAACCAAAAAUAUUUUCCUUUUGUAUUGUUUAAAAAUUUCAUUAUUAAAGUACACAUUUCAAUGACAGAUAGCUUUUUACACACAUGUUAUGUUUAAACUUGCUUUAUUUAUACUGUAUAACUAUUAUCAGUUCCAAAGUGUUCUCCCUAGAUGUAGGGAUCAUGGCACAGAAUAGAGCCCAACUUCUUGGUUUCUCCUAUGAUUUUGGUGUAACCGUAAUUCGUCAUCAAAAUGCUGACACCAUGGUCACAGAAUAUUACACAGAAGUCCUUCUCCAUUGUUUUUAGCGUAAGCUCCAUUCGUCAUGAUUUGUCACUCAGCAAGUACCGUAAACAGAAGCAGUCCCCCCUGGGAAUACUAAAAAUGGCACACGUCCAGAGGGGUGACUACUUCUGUUUAUGGUACUUGCCGAGUGACAAAUCAUGACGAAUAACGCUUAUGCAAAAAACAAUGGAGAUGGACUUCUGUGUAGUAUUCUGUGCCAUGGUCCUAGGCGGUGCACUUAUGAGAGCCAUUCACCCCCCUGAUAAUAUUCAAAAUAGCAAACAUCCAGGGGGGAAUGCCCCUCAUACACUGGCUAGGACCAUGAUGUCAGCAUUUUGAUGACAAAUCAUGGCGUGGCAGCGGUUAUUCUUUUUUUGGCCGAGUCGACCAUCGGUGCGUCUUUAUUCUGUGAUCAUGGUUUGUUGGGUCACUGUGCACCGAUCUGUAUGUGGUUCAGUGUUGCCACAAGAACCUGGAGUGUGUGGUAUAGUCAAACUGCAUGCAACCAAGAUAAUAAUAACCAUAACCAUUAUAAUUAGGCAACUGGAUAUUGCAGGAAUCAAUCUGCAAGCACAGAAAUGAAAGGUAGCCCUGUACCCAGGCACUUUGUUGUGGAAAGAGUGAAAGGCCUUAACCAGUGUACAGAGAUGUGAACCCUAAGUAACAAAAAUGCGGGUGAUAUAUAAUUUUUGACAUGACGUCAUUUUUUGUUGUUGAGAAAAUUGAUUGGUGAUUUAUAAAAGCCUUGCUUAGCCCUUGAUAUUUCUAACUUCCGUAGAUAUGUAUAUUCUUGUUUAUGACAAAACAGAUGUAUACAAACGUCUUAAGAGUUAAGUCUAGUUGAAGUAGAUGUGCGCAUGCAUACACUCUACCAACCAAAAACAGAACAACGAAUCAAGAAUCAGAAGACAGAAUCACAGAAUGCGGGUGAAUUGCUAUAAAAUUUGCUAAUGCGGGUGAUUUUAUGUGCCAAUUUUUCUGCGUGUGAUGAUUCCAAAAUGCAGGUGUCACCCACUCAAUGCGGGUGAGUUCACAUACCUGAGUGUAUAGGACUGUACCUCCCCCCUCCCCAAGGGCAGAUUUUCAUUUAUUAAAAGGAGGGGUGGAAAACAUUCUAGUGGGGUGCAAGCGGCGGUCACUGAGCGAGCUUCGGCAGGGGUUGGGUGUUAGGGUUAAAGACUUUCACACAAUUUAAUAGGAGGGGUGAAGUAAAAUUUUGGUGGGGUUGGACACUUUAUAAGAGGGGUUAGAGAGAUUCUAGAUGGGUUUAACCCCCCCCCCCCAGUAAAUCCGCUCAUGCCUUACCCAGCAUUCCUUCACAGUCUAAUUCAUAUUUCCCCUUUUUUUCAAAUUCCUAGUUUAUUUUAUUACGAAUGAUGGCUUCUCCAGUUUGCAUUAAGCUUCACAAUAUCAAAAUGGUUAAAAUCAAAUAUGAGGGCAAGUUGUAUGAGGUAGCGACAUCAAGCUUCGACAAUCUCCUCAGCGACUUCCAGAAACACAAACCUGAAGUCAAACAGCUUCUUUAUGCUCGACCGCUUGUGGCAGAAGACUUUGAAAACCUGACUGAGGAGAGUGUUGUGUAUGCAAGUGGCGAUACAAUGUCUAUUACAGAAGGGAGCUUACAAGAAAACUCUGAGACGUUUUACACUGGGUUACCACAGCUGGAAUACCGGAACACAUCGGUCAAUCAAAAUGGCCAUUGCAUGGCAGGCAUGGCCACAACCCUACUCCAACCCGAUGCCUCCAAAUUACGCUCUGAUCUUUCAAUGGUUGAUAGCUUUUGUUCACCCCCCUCAGUAUUCAUAGAGGCACCCCCCGAGACGGAUCCCAUCGACACUGUGGAUGUCGCAAGACGAGUGCGUGAGGUUCUUGAAAGACACAAGAUAAGUCAGACACUUUUCUCAAAAUAUGUGAUCAAACGCUCUCAGGGGACGACCAGUGACCUGCUACGCUGUCCUAAACAGUGGGAACGCAUGAGUGAGGAGGGCAGAGUACCGUACCGCCGGAUGAAGGCGUGGCUGGAAGGUGAUCUGCAACAUAAUUUGCAAGUUUUACUUCGGAUCAAGCAAGGUAUUUAUAACCAUGUGUACAACCACACCCCACUUUGUUCUCUCUAUGACACAAGGAAAAAAUAUGGUGUGUAUUUAUUUUCAAGCAUGUCUAAUAAUAAUAAUUAAUUAUAUCUUUAUAGGUCUUGAUAUCCCAGCGCUUCCUCCAAAGUGCAAUCGAACAAAAUUCACAGAUGAACAAAAGGAAGCAUUGGAAUCAUUUCUCUCCCAAAACCCACGUUUGACACAUGACACUUUGGAGCAGUUUGCACAUGAACAGAACUUGACUAUUUCUGCAGUCAGAAACUGGGUGAAUAACCGCAAGCAACGCAUGAAACGUGGCUCAUCAACAGGGUUUGAAGAAAGUCCUGGAAAGUACCCAAGAAGUGAUGGCUCUGACGAUUUGGACGAUGGUGGUUUUCAAACAAGACCGCAGGAUUUUGAAUCUUCGGGUUUUCAUGCUGUCGAAACAGAGGGAGUUCCAACCAUGGUGAACUCGGCACCGUACGAACAAGGCCGGGUACCUCAGACCAGUCAGACGGUUGGUACGGAGUUUGAGGCAACUAGAGUGACUACAGAGUUUGACGAGUCAAGCUUCAAUGGAGUCGGUAGUACUUCUGUUGCUGACGUUUCUGCAAUGACCACGCCGCUCAAACAGGAAAAUGACGGGAAAAAACAGUGUGAAUAUGAUAGUUCAACCAAUGUUACUGUGGAGUGUUUGGGCACUGAUUAAAUACUGAGGGACCUGUUGUUAAUAAUAGGAUGGGGGGGGGGGGGAGAUGAAUGGGUGCCCUCCCCUUGACAAGUAAAAUCAUCUGGCAUUAGACCUUUUUACUAAGUCUGAAGUCUUUUAAUAACAAUACGACAAAGUUUAAACAGUGAAAUCGGAGUGGGGGCUGAAUUAGCAGAUGUAAAAUUUGGGGAUGACUCUCUAAUAAACACCUUGUCAUGUUGGGAAACUCUCAGCCACUCACUCCCCCCCCUCCCACACACACACUAACUGCUCCCUAACAGCCAAGUUCAUUAGAACACAAGACUUUAUUACUGUGUGUCUACAUAUUACGUGUCUAUAGUUUAUUUUAUAUGGAACAUAUUAGCAUUAUAAUAUAUGGAGUUUUUCGGACAUAUCGAAAUGAAGAUAAGAUAUCUGGUAAAAGUCAAAAAGUUAAAUGUCUGUUGAAAGAUAUAUUUUAAGUUAAAUGUUUGUUGCAUCUAUAGCAAGAUAACACAACAGGUGAUUAAUAUUCUAAUUUAAAAUCCAUUUCACUUGAGCCUUGCCCAACAACUGCACUAACAAAAUGGUGGGCUUCCAUUGCAAUGCUUAUUACAUGACCACUGCUCACAUCUAGAGUAUGCUCAUACCCUCCUUUAUCAGAUCUGUACGACCUUUGAUAAAUAACCUCUUCUGACGACCCAAUGUGACUGACCAUCCCCUCAAUAUGAGCUGUAAACGCACCAGAACGAACCAAUGACAAUUUGAUAUGACCAGAAUUUUGAAUCUUCAAAAUCAACACUUCAGGAGUCUCCACACGGAUCUUGAAUGUUUCACUCAGGUCACCGGACACUUGCAUGAUGUUUUUACGGACAUUGUUUUUAUGUUUCAAACCUUUAAUACCUUCAUCAAAUGCUUUUCCAAUCAUUCCAACUGUUGCGGCUGCAGCCAUGACAACUGAGACCAUUCUACAAAUAUUUACAAGAAAAGUUUUACACAUAUGUUCAAUAGGAU